AUGAAAAGCACCACAGUGAAAGAACAGCAGUGCGCCUCCUCACCAGCCAGAUGUGGGCAGCCGGCCCUCAUUGAAUGCGGGGUUAGUUUAACUCAGCCUCUGUGUGAGUGGAUGAUUCAGGUUGCCAGAGACAGAACCCUUAGCUUGGCAUGGGAGGUGGCUCCCCUGUCGGCCCUGAGUUCAUCUGAGAUUGGCUUGGAAGGUGUAGGCACCAUUUAGCCCAGUUCUUAAAGCUCUGAAGAGAGCAGCAGGAAUGCUGAACGGAGACAACUUUGCAUCAAAGGUCCCUUUCAGGGCCAGACCUGCCCCUCACACCCUGUGCUGCUCUGCCCAUGCCCCCCCAUGAGGGGUGAGAGUCAGGCGACCUCGUGCCAAGUGUAGAAAGGGGCAGACGAGGUCCAGGCUAUGACGUCACCACGCAGGGCAGAGAUGGCACGUCCAGAUCUACUAAAGGGUUAAAGGAGAAAAGGUGACUUGACUUCUUCUGAGAUAUUUUGGAGUACAAAGUGUGGAAAAGUGGCAAAGGACACAGUCCCAGCCUCCCUUAAAAGCCAUUAAAGCCUAGAAAAAUUGUCUGAAACAAACCUCAGCCAUAACACAGACCAACACACGAAUCUCCAGGAGAAAAGACAA